UCCACUUUAGGAUAAGGAUCCGAAAAAAAGAUCAAGAGAUGCCAGGAAUCACCGCUGAUCUGGACAGACACCCUUUGCCUGCUGCUGCCCCACACUCAACAGGGAGCUGCUGAGGAGCUGCAUGGUCCAUCCUGGGAUUCUCCAAGCACUGACUGCCCAUCCACAGUGACCACAGCCAGGGGCCACAUCCCACUGCCUGCCCAGCGUCCAUCCAUGGAGAUGAGCACCAUGUCCACACCUCCCACCUCACCCACUGAAGAUCCAUGUGAGGCAGAUAUCACCAAUGUGGCCAUCCACAGUGCCAUGCUGUUCAUCUGCCUCUGUGGGCUGUUUGGGAAUGGGGCUGUGCUCUGCCUCCUCAGACUGGAAAGCACUAACAGUGUUAUCUUUCAUUUGGGUGUAGCUGAUUUCCUCUUCCUUGUCUUCACGGUGCCCUCUUCCCUGCUUUUCCUGCUGGAGGAUAUGUCCUGCUCUCCAACUGUGCCUCUGGUGUACCUGAGCUUCCUUUUCCAGCUGUCAAUGGUCUCCUACUACUGGGUGCUGUUCUGGCUAACAGACUUCGGCAUAGCAACGGGCAUUGACAAGCUCUGUGAGCUCCUCUGCCGCUGCCACCUCCCCAAGCGCCUGUUGUGGGUGUUGAUGGGCAUGGAACUCUGGGCCUUCUUCGCUCUCAUCACUGUCAUUCCCACAGUGACAGUUCUGUGCCCAUCACAUGAGCAGCAGCACUGCUGGGCAGCUCUCUUCUCCAUUUUCACUGUCAUCCUGCUCCUCCGUGCUGCAUCCACAGUCAUUUCCACCACGAUCUACUUCAUUAAGGCCAAAUGUGGUUCCCAGCAGCAGCAACGCAAAAGGCGCGACAUCGCCAUCUUCCUCAUGGUGCUCUUCAGUCUCGUCCUCACCCUUUGGAAUUUCCUGCAGCAGCUCGGUUACACCCCUGUGUCCUCCAAGUUUCUUUUCCUGAUCGCCUGCAUCAACAGCACCAUGAAACCCUUCAUUUACUUUUUGGUGGGGAGGUGUUGGAGACCCUGCUCUGUGGGGUCCCUCAGGGAAUCACUCCAAAGGGUUUUUGAGGAGCCAGAAGAAAAUACUCCCAGGAGAAAUGAUGCCACCAAGGACACGGUGCUCUGAGCCUGUUCAUCCCUUCCCCUGCACUGCUGAAGGACCCCGGGACAGUGCCUGAGGGUUUCCUUGACUCACCUGAUCAAUAAAUACCCACAGGAUCCCCUCCUGCACUGCAAUCCUGCAGGAGAAGGGAGCAGGGGCAUUGCCACGGGCAAUGUGGGAGGGAUGCUCUGCAGGGAGCACAUUGGAGCGUGGCUUUCCUCCUCCCUCCCGGUUCCACACGGCUCUGAGCAGGGCAGCCGGGCUCAGUCCUGUUCCCCAGCUCCAGUGCCCAUGGAAUGACCCUCAGUGCCUCGGCCCCAGGGAAUAAACUGCGUCUCCUUUGGCUCAGCAGAGGAGUCUCACGGUGUUUUGGGGGAUCUCUUGCCUGGACAGGGUGUSACAGGUUGAGCCCUGGGGACACACCCAGCACGGGGCAGCGGUGAUUUCCCAAAUCUCUGCGGGGCUGGUGCCUCCAGAUGGCAGGAGAGGGGUUGGGAUGGCCCGGAGCAUCUUUCCCCUUCUGUCCCGCAGAGCCGGCCCUGCAUUCCCGGCUGAUGGGAAGAGACCAAGCUGGCACCAGGUAGGGCUGCAGAGCUGGGCAGGAACAGCAACAUUCCCUUCUGCUGAUGGGGGAAUUUGUCACAUUCUGUAAUUCCAGAAUUAAAUCAUUCUGAGUAAACUGCAGGGUCGAUGCUGAACUCCACUGAAGCCUUGUGCCUGUGACCAAAAAGAGCUCAAAAUAUGGAAAUUCACAUCACCAGAUGCUUGGGCCAUUUAAUUGUACAAAAAUUGGGGGUUUAUGAUGCUGUUCUGCAGAAUAGGGCAGUCCUCUGGUUCCUCAGCAUCAAUGUCCAAGGAAACCCUUGACCACCUCUGUCCUGACCCUGGCCAUGCUCAGGAGGAACUGAACAGCGACUCUGCACAGCAGCUUCAGCCAAAAUCCAGAUUAUACUGAACUUUUUCCUUUUGUUACUACCCCUAAAUCAGACUUGGAUUUAUUUCUUAUGUUAGUUCCCAGUGUGAUUCUGACAGCAAGAUUUGUUUAAUAAGCAACAUCCACGCUUUGCUGCAGAGCUUGGCCCUGCUGAACAGCAUAAAAAAUGGUUCGUUUCUUCAUUUUUCUCUCAUUCUAUAUCCUCUGUCUUUUCUGAGGAGGGCAGGUACCCAUC